AUGACUAAAAUCACAAAUUCAAGCGGUACAAUAUCAGUUAUUCUGAAGCAAAAAUCUAAUGAUACUUUAUAUAUCACUACCUCUUCCAGCUUGCCCUCGGAGGAUUGGUUGAUAUACGAUUCAGAUAUAGAAGAGGACAUAGCUACACCUCUUAUGACAACUAGUGCUGGAAUUGUGAUGAUUUUGCUCUCCGCUUUUGGAAUCUUUAUCAAUAUUCUAGUGCUUCACCGCUUCAUCGCCAAAAACAUGUCGAGCUUCUAUCUAUUGUGCUCUUCGAAAACUGUAUCCAACUCGAUAAUUUUGUUCUGCUAUUUGGUAUACAAUGGGCCUGUUUCAGUGUUACAAGUUUACUAUGGCCCCGAGAUGUUUAACAUUUUGUUCAAUCAAAUUGCAGCUUAUGGGGUUUAUAUUCAAGGACCAAUGACUCAAGUUUGUAUAUCCUUUAAUCGAUUUAUGGUGAUUUACUUCGUGUCACUGGCAAAACGAAAAAGUGGGCGAGUGCUGACGAUUACAGCACUCUCAAUUUGCUGGACGAUUUCUUUGAUAGUCACUGUUAUAGGGAUUCCAGAUAAGUGCACAAACAUUUAUCUCUAUGAAUAUCUAACAUGGGACUAUUCGGAUUCAUGCGUCUUCCUUCUCGCAGACCUCGUUUUGUAUUGGAUCAUAUGUUUGGCGAUUGUCUCGAACACUUUCAACGUGAUGGUUGCCGUGAAGCUUAUAGUUUCGUCGAAAAAAUCACAUUUGGACACGAUGGCCUCGAAACGUCGCAAGAAAACCUCCAGAAACCUCUUCCUCCAAUCCUGCUUCCAAGACUGGAUAUACCUAAUUGACACGGUCAACGGAAUGUACAUCUAUAACUGGUUCAACAGUGUUACUUGGCAAUUUGGCUGCACAAUUUUGUCUAAUUUGAUGGUUCACGUUUCUGAUGGGUGCAUAAUGUUGUUUUUCAACUAUGAAAAGAAGCAUAAAAUUCCAAAAACUAUUGUAAAACGGGACUUUACAGCUGUUAACGUCACUUUUUAA